AGCUGGAGCCCAUUUCUUGCUCUGAAGUCUCAUAGUGGGGAAAGCAGGGAUGAAGCUACUUUUUACAGCUACUUUUGCACUCUUUGUGCUUUCUGCCUUUGACCAGGCAGACUCCUCAUCUUAUGACAAGAUAGUUGCCCAUAGUCGUAUUCGAGCAAAGAAAGAAGGACCAAAUGUCUGUGCUCUGCAGCAAGUCAUGGGGACAAAGAAGAAAUACUUCAGCACUUGCCGUAAUUGGUACCAAGGGUCCAUCUGUGGAAAGAAAGCGACUGUGUUGUAUGAGUGUUGCCCAGGUUACAUGAAGCUUGACGGUAUGCAUGGCUGUCCUGCAGUUGCUCCCAUUGACAAUGUUUAUGGAACACUCGGCCUGGUGAAGGCCACAACUACCCAGGAGUACUCUGCUCUAUCCAAGCUACGAGAAGAGAUUGAAGGCGCUGGAUCAUACACCUUCUUCGCACCCAGUAAUGAUGCCUGGGAUCUUCUUGACCAAGAGGUGAGGAGUGCUCUGGUGAGCAAUGUUAAUAUUGAACUGUACAAUGCUCUGCACUACCACAUGAUCAACAAACGUUUCCUCACCAAAGAUCUCAAGAAUGGAAUGACCGCCACCUCUAUGUACAAUGACUUGGGCGUGCUAAUCAAUCAUUACUCCAAUGGGAUUGUCACUGUAAACUGUGCCAGGAUCGUUCACGGCAACCAAGUUGCCACCAAUGGAGUGGUGCACGUUAUUGACCGCGUCAUCACAGCAGUUGGCAACACCAUUCAGGAUGUGAUUGAAGUGGAUGAUGAUCUGAGCACUUUGAGUACUGUGGCUACUGCCUCAGGUCUCAUUGAGAAGUUGGGCGAGCCCGGACACUUUACCCUGUUUGCCCCCACCAAUGAUGCCUUUGAAAAGUUGGACAGAGAGGUCCUGGACAGACUUAUGGAAGACAAGGGAUCCCUCCAAGCUCUCCUCAACUACCAUCUGUUGAACUCCAUUCAGUGCUCUGAGGCCAUCAUGUCUGGCACCUCUUAUGAGACUUUGGAGGGCAGCAACAUUGAGAUCGGCUGCGAUGGAGACAGUCUCACUGUCAACGGUGUCAAGAUGGUCCUCAAGAAGGACAUUGUCACAACCAAUGGAGUCAUCCACCUCAUCGAUCAAGUCCUCAUGCCAGAUUCUGCUAAACAGGUUAUGGAGUUGGUUGGACAAUCUCAGGCUACCUUCAGUGACAUGUUGAUGGAACUAGGCUUGUCUGCAGCCAUGAGACCCCAGGCAGAGUACACGCUCCUGGCACCUCUCAACAUAGCCUUCAAUGAUGAGGUAAUGUCCAUGGACCAGAGCUUCCUUAGGAUCAUCCUGGAAAACCACAUCCUGAAGAACAAGAUUGUGCUAAGUCAGCUGUACAACGGUCAGCGACUGGAAACCCUUGGAGGGAAAUUUCUCAGAGUUUUCGUGUACCGCACAGCUCUCUGCAUUGAGAACGCCUGCUUGAUCCGUGGAAGCAAAGAGGGAAGGAAUGGUGCUCUCCAUCUCAUGAAGACCCUGAUCUCUCCAGUAGAGUCCAACAUGUACCAACUUCUGUUGAAAAAUGGAGCCUUCAAGAUCUUUUUGUCUCUGAUUGAGACAGCUGGUUUGACUGAUCUGCUGAAACAGGAUGGAGAUUUCACACUCUUUGCUCCUACAGAUGAGGCUUUUGCCGGGCUCAGUGAGAGAGACUUGUCUCUUUUAAAGAGUGACAUAAAUGCCCUCAGAGCCAUCCUGCUGUAUCACUUUAGUCGGGGUGUCUUUAUUGGUGGAGGUUUGGAGACUGGUGUGACUAACCUUCUAAAAUCCCUGCAGGGCAGCAAUCUCAAGGUUUUAUAUGCAAAUGAGAGCAUGCAGGUGAACACCGUGAAAGUUCCAGAUUCUGAUCUAAUGGCCACAAACGGAGUUAUUCACUUCGUCAGGACCCUUCUGUACCCUGAGGAUAUUCCUAUCGGGAGCCAGGAACUCCUCUCACUCCUCAGAAGGAUUAUCCGAUACAUCCAAAUUAAGUUUGUUUCAGGAUACAGAUUUCAAGAGAUCCCUCUGACAUUUAUAACAAGAAAAAUCAUCACAGUCCCCGGUGAUGUUACAAAAGUCACCAGAGUCAUAAAGGGAGAGCCCACUCUCACCAAGGUGACAAGGGUCAUUGAGCCGAGAUUUACGAAGGUUACCCGUGUGAUUGAAGGUGAACCAUCUAUCACUAAGGUUACCAGAGUAAUCGAAGGGGAACCAUCUCUCACCAAAGUCACCAGGGUCGUUGAAGGUCCCGAAUACUCAGUCGCCAGCUCCUCUGAUUUGGAGCUAUAUGAUUUUGGUGAAAACCCUGAGGGCUUGACUAAAUACAUUCAAGAGGGAACAAGAAGAGUGCCUGGAAGAAGAGUCCAAGGAGCACCUCGCAGGAGAACCAGAAUGGCCAAAGUGAAUUAGGCACAGUGAGCGCAAGUAGAACACAAGAACCAAAAUGUUAACAAGGAAUUCAAGGAAUAACCAGGUUGGAGCUGGGUUUAGGCAAAAUAAAAAUCAAGAUUGAUAAUUACAGUUUGAUUUGUUCUCCAGAGAUGAAAUAAUGAUUUUUGUUCAAGUAUAUUUGGUCAGAACAGGGAUUUCAAUUGUUCCCCAAAUGUGUAUGUAAAUAUUUUUUUUUUUUUUUUUUUUUUUGUAAAGUGCAGUUUAAAACUUUUGUUGCAGAAUGUCUGUUUCAUCUUAUGAAUCAGCUAUCACUUUUGUUAACGCAAACCAUUUCAUGUGCUUUUUGAUUAUUUUUUAUAAUACAUGAUUCUUAAUGAUUUGUACAACUCUGUGGAGUAUACAUAAGGCAUCCAAGCUCAAAAGAUGUAGGUGUGCAUAUGAAAUGCAUGUGGAGUUGUGAUGUGGGGAACAGUUUAGCAUUUAGCGUUAUACACCAAUUGGCCACAACAUUAAAACCACCUGCCUAUUAUUAUGUAGGUCCCCCUCGUGCCGCCAAAACAGCGCCAAACCCGCAUUUCAGAAUAACAUUCUGAGAUGAUAUUUUUCUCACCACAAUUGUACAGAACGGUUAUCUGAGUUACCGUAGACUUUGUCAGUUCGAACCAGUCUGGCCAUUCUCUGUUGACCUCUAUCAUCAACAAGGUGUUUCUGUCCACAGAACUGUCGCUCACUGGAUGUUUUUUGAUUUUGGCACCAUUCUGAGUAAACUCUAGAGACUGUUGUGCCUGAAAAUCCCAUGAGAUAAGCAGUUACAGAAAUACUCAAACCAUCCCAUCUGGCACGAGGGAGACCUACACAAUAUUAGGCAGGUGGUUUUAAUGUUGUGGCUGAUCAGUGUAAAAAUACCUUAAACCAGCAAUAUGAAUUUAAUGUUUUGGGAUACGGUUUACCAUUGCAUGGACAAGGAUUUUAUGGUGCUCAUGUUUAGAUAGUGCAAAGCCUUAAAUAAAGAUUGAAUUAUGUUUGCAAAUUGUUUUGUUAAAAAAAAAAAAAAAAAAAUCUUUUCUGAUAGGGUGAAGGUUUGAUAUUUCUUCCUCAGUGUUUUGUGUGUUUAUUUACAGAUUUGAACAGAUUUCAUCAUGUGCAGCACAAUGCAUGUUUUGAAAAUGUCAAAGCUAUCUCUCAUACGGCAUCUUCACGUUACCUGUCCAAAUUGUAAUGCACUUUCCAUUCAUUUUUACAAUUUCCUUAAUAAACUCAACUUUUAGACAUGAAA